GCCCGCGCCCCUGCAGGACGCGGAGCUAGCGCUGGCCGGCAUCAAUAUGCUGCUCAACAACGGUUUUCGGGAGUCAGACCAGCUUUUCAAACAAUACAGAAAUCAUAGCCCUUUAAUGAGUUUUGGAGCCAGCUUUGUCAGUUUUUUGAAUGCCAUGAUGACAUUUGAAGAAGAAAAAAUGCAGUUGGCAUGUGAUGACUUAAAAACUACAGAGAAGCUGUGUGAAAGUGAAGAGGCUGGAGUCAUUGAAACAAUCAAGAACAAGAUUAAGAAGAAUGUUGAUGCUCGAAAAUCUGCCCCCUCUAUGGUUGACCGACUGCAGAGGCAGAUCAUCAUAGCUGACUGUCAAGUUUACCUGGCUGUGCUGUCAUUUGUAAAACAAGAAUUGUCAGCAUACAUAAAAGGUGGGUGGAUUCUCAGGAAAGCCUGGAAGAUUUACAAUAAGUGCUAUGUGGACAUCAACACCCUUCAGGAACUGUAUCAGAAGAAGUUAACUGAAGAGCCCUUGACUUCUGAUGCUGCAAAUGAUAAUCACAUUGCGGCUGAAGGGGUGACUGAGGAGUCCCUAAACAGACUGAAAGGUGCUGUUAGCUUUGGAUAUGGCCUUUUUCAUCUUUGCAUAUCCAUGGUGCCCCCAAACCUGCUCAAAAUCAUCAACCUGCUGGGGUUUCCUGGAGACCGCCUACAGGGGCUUUCUUCACUGACGUAUGCGAGCGAAAGUAAGGACAUGAAGGCCCCUUUAGCUACGUUAGCUCUACUCUGGUAUCAUACCGUUGUCCGCCCAUUUUUUGCCUUGGAUGGUAGUGAUAACAAAGCAGGGCUUGAUGAAGCUAAGGAAAUUCUUCUCAAGAAAGAGGCUGCUUAUCCAAAUUCUUCCCUCUUUAUGUUUUUCAAGGGACGGAUCCAGCGAUUAGAGGGACAUAUUUCUUUUGUAGGUUGGUGCAGCAUGAUUGAGCUCAACUUCAAGGAUGCAUUUGAUUCCUUUGAGAGGCUGAAAAAUGAGUCCAGGUGGUCACAGUGCUACUACGCGUAUUUGACGGCAGUUUGUCAGGGAGCUACUGGCGAUGUGGAAGGGGCACAGAUCGUCUUCAAAGAAGUUCAGAAACUCUUCAAAAGGAAGAACAAUCAGAUCGAGCAGUUCUCAGUGAAAAAGGCAGAGAGGUUUCGGAAACAAACCCCCACCAGAGUGCUGUGUGUGCUGGCAUCCAUUGAAGUGCUGUACCUGUGGAAAGCUCUUCCCAACUGCUCCUUCCCCAACCUGCAGAGGAUGAGUCAAGCUUGCCAUGAAGUGGAUGAUUCAUCUGUUGCUGGAUUAAAGUAUCUGCUUCUUGGUGCCAUACACAAGUGUCUAGGAAACUCAGAGGAUGCUCUUCAGUUCUUUCAGCGAGCGGCUAAGGAUGAGUUAUGCCGUCAGAAUAACUUGUAUGUUCAGCCGUAUGCUUGCUAUGAACUUGGCUGUCUUCUACUAGAUAAACCAGAGACUGUAGGAAGAGGCAGAACUCUACUGCUUCAAGCAAAGGAGGAUUUCUCCGGCUACGAUUUUGAGAACAGAUUGCACGUCCGCAUCCACGCCGCACUGGCCUCCCUGAGGGAGCUGGUUCCUCAGUGACAGGCCUGCUGGUGGCCACAUUGUCCCUCCCCUCCCAGGGUCCACACUUUAAAAUAAAAGCUGAGGACCAACCUGUUGUGAGGAUCAGCUUUUCUUCUGACAAACCACCUGUGCAGGGACACAUUCUUCCGGUGACACUAACACAUUGACAAUCUCCUCUUUUAAGCCGGUAGCUAAGGUGUAACAAUGAUGAAGAUGGUGGUGGGGGUGGUGGUGUGGGGGUGGUGGUGGUGGUGGUGAUGAUGAUGGUAAUGAUGAUGGUGGUGGUGAUGGUGGUAGUGAUGGUAGUGGUAAUAAUGAACCACCGGGCAAGGGGGAGAGGUUAAAUGACCUUGUUUAUUUUGGUUUUGUGACUUAUUAUUUUUAAAAUAAAAUCAAAGUCCCUAUUCACCCUGGAGUCCUUGUAGGCACGCACACCUGAAGCACAGAUUGAAUGACUGACCUGAAGCUGUAAUCUGUAGAGGAAUGACCGGUAUACCGUGACAGAAUGUUUAUAUUUGUGUUUUGAAAAUCAAAAAUAAUAAAAGUGCUUUCUAUUAUUGUUUUA